UACCGGCGCGCGGUAAAACAGUCGGCGGUGUCUAACCUGCGAGCUUACGUGGAUCCUGGUGGAUCCCUUUACGAAACUUUGUUUAAUAGAAAGAGAGAGAGUGCACGGAACGUUACAGACAUGACUACGACGAGUUACUUGGACUUGGACUUGGACAAGCUAUUCGAGCGGCACACUAUCAAGGAGAUCGAGGAGAUUCAGAAAAAGAUUCAGCUGGAAAGCGACAGGAAGAAGAUAGAGUUGCGAACGCUGGUCGGGGAGAGAUAUCGGGACUUGAUAUUGGCUGCUGACACAAUCGGGAAGAUGAGGAUCACGUCCGAGAAAGUUAUCGAGAGAAUCGCCAACGUAGAGGACAGGUUUAGGGAGCUGCAGAAGAAAUAUCUCAUCGGUUUUAAAACGGAGCCGAUCGAGGACAGGCUGGACAAAAGGGGUCACGUUUUUGACUCCGUCGUCAUCCAGAUCAAGAUCCUAAUGGACAUCCCGCAGUACAUCUGGACGAGCAUCGAGAAUCAGAAUUUGCUGUUUGCCACGCAGUUAUACAUAAUAGCGCAACACAUAAAUUACAGCCUGAUGUUUGAAGUCGGCAGCGUCGAGCUGCUGCACAGAUAUCCAAUUGUCUCGAAGCAGUGGGACGUUAUCAUGCAAUUCAGGAACAUCAUAUCUAACGAGUGCAACAAAACAUUGCAGUCGUUGGACGUUUCGACCACAAAUGCCGCAAACUGCUUGGCGUCCCUCGUGUUCUUGAAUGAAUCGUCGUUUGCGAAUCUUUUAGAGAGAUUAAUAUCCGCGAGAAGUCACGCCAUUGAAUCUGUCAUCAAGGGCGAGAGUCACGACAGUGUCAAAAAUAAGCUCAAGCUGUGUAUGAAAAUACUCAUACAGACUGUCCACCUAAUAUAUUCGUGCUUUAUCAAUGCGGACAAUGCGCCUGGCGGUUUGGUUUUGCAGUUUAUAACAGAUAUAAAAGAUCAAGAAGCGUACACCUUGCUAUCACAGUUGGACUUGGAUCAAGACUUACUCGAAGAGUUCCUGCCAUCUGUUACCAAGCAUCACAAGCCGUUCGUUCAGGACGUACCGAAGAACUUCUGUUCGUCAGCUCUUCAAGAUAGCGUUAAAUCUUGGUUGGAGUGGGUGAAUGAUUUUUCCAAUUUCGAGGUCACUAAAUUGUUAGAUUUAAUAAUUUCCAUCAAAGGCCUGUAUAACGUUCGGGAAGAAGCCAUCAGUGUAAACCUGCCUGAAAAUUGGAAUUCCAUAUGGGAGGAGCUCUCAUUGCCGAGAAUAAGUUUCUGGAUGGAGUUCUUCCAGCCUAUUAUAACUAAACGAGCAAAAUGUAUUAUAACGAAUAAAUGGACGGAUACGCUGGUCGAUUUAAAGUCCGAUAUAGCAGAAUUGCUCGAUAAAGUGGCGCAUGAUAAGUUCGAAUUUCCGGAACACGAUUUACGUUGGUUCGUAUGGAAAGAUUCCCCCACCGACAUCCCGCAGAAACUUACAAAGAACGGUGGAUUAGACAAUAGAAGGUCCUUGCUGAUGAAAGCCAAAGGGUUUUCCCCAAACGUGAUGAAAUUGUGCGAAAAAUUCGACGAAAGUCUAUAUUCGCUAUUGUCCGAUCUUGAACACUACUUGUACGAAACCGAACGAGUAAUUACGAUAAAAGACAGCUUACUUUCGGCAAACAUAUCCUUGAUUGCAAAUUCAUUCUCCGAUCGCAACGAAGUUCAAGAACAUUUGCAAGUGAUCAGCAUCGAGAAGAUCGAAGAGCUUGUAAAAUUUAUGAAGAACACAUGCGUCAAUGAUAGACCGAAACAUGGCCAAAGUGAUAUAAACGCCAUAGUCUUGGCGAGAUUUCUCUUUGCAUUGACUACUUUAUGUCCGAAUUUAAACAAAUGUUUUACUUCGUCGAAGAUAUCUGGACUUACCAUUACAAAUGUCAAGUGGCAAGCUGUUUGCGACAAUCUGAAGGAAGAGAGUACAUGCAUGUGGUCGAUUUGGGCUAAUAUAUAUAAAGUUAAAAUAUCUGAGCAUAUGAAGAAGUGUAUAUUGAGAGAACCGAUCGAUGGGUUGCGCGUUCAUUGGAUCGUCACGGAAUGGGAGAAAGUCACCAUCGAAGAGGAAUCCGGUGAAGGAAAACGAAUAAAGUCUGAAAUUUUAAUACCGUAUCAGCCAUCGAUACCCUUGCAGAAAUUCUUGACCGCCAUCUGUAAAGAUUUAAAUAAGAUUAUACCUCACACGCUUCCAAAGAGGGUACUGCAGCAAAUUAUUGAAAGCAUUAUUACGGAAUUGUUUAAUUAUUAUCUGAACGCGUCUAAGAACAUGGACCUCAGACAAAAGCAAGCGUUUCAAGUGCUGUACGACAUAAGGUAUUGUACGUUGCUCAUGGUGCCCCAUGAAAACAAGAUUCUUAAUGAAUUGUCAGCCAAGACGUGCGACGCAGUGCUUGCGAAAAUAGAUCCGUUCGAUUACGAUGUCUUCAGCCCGUUCAUCCACACCAACGUUAGAAAAUCUGUUCAGAGAUCUUUGUUGAUAUUUGGAAACUUGGUCAGUCAUUUAGAACAACUACACUCGACAUUGGGUGCGCGCAACGAACACGCGAGCAAUGACAAAACCGAACCGCCUGCGGUGCUUGCAGUUUGUACAGGAGCACCGUGGUUCCCGCCACUAACUGUGACCGCUCCAACAAGAAACUUGCCAAUUUUGUCGGUGCCAGUACCCGAUAAAGCGCAGCGUAAGAAAGUAACGAAGGAGCAGGCGAAGAACGAUUCUACCAGUGCAAUAAAAUCCGGGGCGGCCGCGUUUUUCGGUGCGAUGGGAUCAGAUUGGUUUAGCAGCAGCAAUUAACUAUUCCUCUUGUUUUAGGAAGAUCGUGUAAAUAUUGUCAUGUAUACAUAUUGUAAAUAAGAUAUUAGAAAAGAAUGUCUUUUUACCAUUAGCUGUUUUAUACCAAUAAAACAAGUUUAGGAUGCUUGAAUUUACAUAAAUAAAAAAAAGUUGCACUCUGUU